UACGAGUUAAAGCAUACUGCACGGGAAAAUUGGGGAAAAUGGCGUGCACCGGUAUACGGGUAGCAAGAGUGCUUAAAAACAACACAUUCUUCUCUAAUUUGAGUGGAUUAUUACUAAAUCCAUCACGUAAUACCGCCGUGCUAAUCAAGUACCGAGUUUUCAGCUCAAGACCUUCCGAAAUUGAAAAUGAUCGAGACCCGGCACCGUUGUUUUUCAACAAGGAGGUACAGGAUUUGCUUAAAACAUUGACCAAAGUGGACCUGAAAAGAGUUUAUCGUCACCGAAAAGAUGGUGAAAAGCUGGAGCCUCCAGUCUAUAAGUUUAUGACUGAUGAUGAAUUGGAAGCAGCAUUAAAUGAGGCAAAAGCAAAAGCAGAUCUGCGUCUUCAAAUGCCACCAGUUGUGAAGAAGAUUAACGAUACUCCAAACAUAUUAUCGAAUGAUCAUGCUCUCCAAAAACACGAUACAGCAAAAUUCGUUUUCACAGACAUAACUUAUGGCAUCUCCAAUGUGGACAGAUUUAUUGUAGUCAGAGAUCCAGAUGGGAUUUUGAGAAGUGCAGAUGCUAGAGAGAGGCACAGAAUGAAUCAAAUCUAUUUUCCCCUAGAAGGACGGGAAGUUGAUGCGCCUAAAUUAUUUCAAGAAGAGUAUUUAAUGGAUUUACUUGAGCGCGCGGAAUAUGAGUUCAUUUUGGAUCUUGCCUGUGUACAGUUUGAGCCUAAUGACCCAGAGUAUCAUAGGGUAACCGAGACGGUUUAUUCUUACGUAAAUAACAUGAAGCACUUCAAUGAUUUGAGGUCAACCAGACACUUUGGUCCCCUUGCGUUCCAUUUGGCUUGGAAAGGAAAUAUCGAUAAUUUGAUUCUGGAGAACAUUCAGACUUCGAGAUUGGACGAUGCUGUCUUACUAAUACAGUUAUAUCAUAAAAUUCAUCCUACGGCUAAAUCAGCAGAGACCAAAUUUGAAGGCGAUGAAUUGAAGUUCAUUCAAAGUUUUGUUGAUAAUGACUCAAAUAAUAGAAAUACAUUAGACCUAGCGAUAAAAUCAUACGUUAAUCUAGAAAAUGCCAAGCUUGAAGUCAAUGAAGGCAUUAAGAGAGCCCAUGGUAGCGAUUGAAAUGUGUACAUUGUAAUAUCAUAAUUUUAGAUUAAUAAAGUAUAUCAAAGGACAAACAGCUAAUUAUUCACCAAUACAAAUAUUUCCAAAUUAUUUUUGACUCAUUACUCCCAUAUGCCAGAAAUUUUUGCAGUAAUUAAUGACUUGUUUCAUAUAUUUUCAGAUGGGGGCAAAAAAUAGGAAGCCGCCUGCAAUUGAGGCAGCUCCCAGUAUUUAGAAAAUAUUCUAGGAUUACCUCGCUCUAAUCAUUGUAAAAAACGACAUGGUUUGUUACCAUAAACAUUUUUUAAGGCUGAUAAAAAUUCGGUUUAAUGCAAUAUUGGGAAAAUUCACAGCUUAGAAUUUCCAAGUCCAUGCUCUUGACCUAUUUGGGAUGUGGACCUCAAAACUCAGACGGUUUAGGAUGAAUUACCAAAUGAUGGGAGUAGCUGCUGUUUGCUAUAAUAAUAACGACAGUAGUCAGUAGUAACAACGUUUGUAUUCAAACUGCAAAAUGAAAAUAAUUUUUCGACUAUACUUAUUUAUAUUAUAAUAUGUCAUGACAUCCUAAUACUUAAUUUGUAAAAAUUUUUUCUUCCUGUGAUGUUAAUGCAAUCACACUAAAUGUAGGUACUAAAGACACUUUAUUAGUCAAUGUGUACUAAACUUUCAAACAAUUUUCGACCUGAUCUGAUGGACAUGUUUUAGCAAUUAAUUGGCUAAAGCUUGUUGGAAUAACAGGAUUACCUUUUAGCAUGAGAAGAUAAUCAUCAAAAAUCAAGCAAGGAGAGUUUUGAAAAUAGAUAUGACAUUGAUUAUGUAUACGAUUUGAUGGUGGUUCCACGUGGUUUUAUUAACUCUAACGAUAAAUUCAAUCUGUGCACAUGCAUCCAAGUAGAUGAAUGUCCAAGUCGAAUCAUUUAUUUGUUCUCUUGGAUUUAAAACAUUCUACAAUAUAUCAUUACGGAUAGUUUGAAAAAACGAAAGUAUCCGAUAAUAGUUUAGUCAUUAACUACGAAGGCUUUGCUAAUUUGUAAAAUAUUUACUUUCCAACUUCAUAGGAUGUUAUGCCAUGAUACGUGAUCAAGCAUUUAUAACUCUCUUUUUAAGCAAAGCAUAAGAGAGAUUGAUUAUUUCAACAAUAAAUGUUGUGGACUCUACUACAUUCAUUUAAAAAUCUAUAUUUGUACACAUAAACUUUGCACUCUGUCGAACAUUUGUGAACAUGAGUGUUUCGCUUAUUAUAGCAGUCUUCAAAUUCACGUAGUCUUCAAAUUGGUGUAUUAAGUUGUAAAAAUCUAGCGUAAAAAUUGAUUAGAAUUCAUCAAUAUACAGUAAACUAUUACAAGAGAUGACAAACUUGACCAGUAUUAGUACAAAGUAACAAAACAUAUGGUGUGUUACAUUAUAAAAAUGGAUGCAUUAAAUUGUAAAUUUUACUACGAAUUAGUCAAAAUUGUUUUGCUGAUAGGAAUUCUGUUUCAAACAGUACACGCGAUUAUCAUUAUAAUAUGACGCUAAAGUCACAAACUAUCUCUACCAGUUUCAAAAUGAAUAUUCAGUGAUGAUAAACUGUAUAAUAUGUGUGUAAUUCGGCAACAAAGUUUCUAUCAUCUACAUUAUCGCUGCAUGUAUAAAUUAUUAUAAAGUAUAAAAUUUUUAACAAUGUACGUCACUUGACAAAAGCUGAAUUAGCAUUGUGAUGCUGUGUCAAGGUUGUAAGCUUAUAUUACAGACAGUUUUUUAAAUAUCUACAUAUAUUUUCCUAGAAGUUUAUCGUUUCUUAGUGAUUGAUUUGAAGAAAAUAAUGUGAUGAAAAUUUCACGACAUUCAUCACAUCACUUCGACCUUGGUAUCGAGUCUUGAGCAUGUAUA